AUGAUAGUCAAUAAAAAUAUAAUUAAAAAUUUAUAUAGAUACAAUUAUUCAACAAUCAGAAAAUUUUCAACAAGUAAUAAUAAUAUUAAUAUUACCAAAAAUAAUAAUACAGAAUCAAAUAACACAGUAGACCCACCAACAACAAAUUAUUGCCACAAUUAUUUUAGUAAUGUUCAAAAUUAUAAAUCGUAUGAUGACAAUGUAAAUUUAAUUAAAAAUAUAGAUGGAACCAAUGAACAACAAAGAAAAGAAACAUCAUCAUCCAUUAGCAGCCAGUUUGAUAAAAAUGAUUACAGUGGAAUAUUUGGCCCAAUUAAAAAGCAAAUGGCAUAUUUAACAAAAGUUGUAGAGAAUGGGAUCAUUACAUUCAGAAACGACAGGAUUUAUUAUAAGAAUAAUUUAUUGCCAAAAGCAUCAAUUUUAAAAGAAUCACUUUAUACCAAAGUAUUUCCAACUUUUCAAUAUCAUAAUCAAGAUUCAUAUCAUUAUUUAAAUUUCCACGAAAGAAAAGACAUAAUUGCAUAUAGAACUGACAGAUUAACAUUUAUACCAUUAGCAAUUUUCCUUUCAAUUCCAUUUUCAACAUUUGGUUUACCAUUCUAUAUUAAAUUUUUACCAGGGUUAUUACCAAGAGGAUUUUCGGAAAGAAGCCAAGUUGUUGCAAGACACGACAAAAUGAUGCGUUUAAGAGAACAUUAUUCAUCAAAACUUUUGCAUAAAUACGAAUUAGAGGAAAAGGUUGAAAAGUUAUUUGGUUCUGUUAAAUCUAUUAGUGACAUUAGUCCAUUAAAGAUCAAAGAAUUAGAUGAUGAAUUUAUUUUGGAUUUUUCAGAAAUUAAAAGAAAAAGAUUAAGAACCAUUUGCAGAUCAUUGGGCGAAACUACACUUUUAAACAGCAAUCAAUUAUUAAAAGAUAAAGUUUUAGGCUUUGGACCAUAUAUUUCAAAGGAAAGUGAUCAAAUUAUUAAAGAAAUCAAUAGUUUAACUUUCGAAGAUUUCCAAGAUUUACUUUAUGAAAGAUCAUUGUCAUUUACAGGACUAAACUAUUACGAAAUGAAAGAAAAGUUUAUGAAAUAUGCUCAAUUAUUGAAAUCAUUAGAAGCUUUGGAAACAGUUAGUGGAGAUUUACAAAAAGAAGGGGCUUUAUAUAAAAGAUUUUAUAAAAGAUUUAUUUUAUUAAAUGCUAUAAUAAUUAAAUACAAACUUUAA